CACUGGAAAGACGUACCUAAACCGGUUUCCUGCAGGUAUAUGUGAACACGAAACGGUUGUAACAGGGUAAUUGUUGCAACUGAACACAGCACUUCCACUGUCUAAUGAAUUCCCAUCGUGCAUUAGUACACGAUUGACUGCAGCUCAGUGAUAAUGGCGUGUGAUUGGACGUUACUUGCAUUGCUCGUUAUUGCGGUGUUGCCGUACACUGCAUCCAAGCUGUUUCCAAUCGAUCCAAAAUUGCCCGAAGAUGAUAUGGAUAUGAUGUUAGCGUUCGAUAAAAUAUCAUUAGAUGACUGUCACACACGAAACUGGAAAGACGGUUUCACGGGGUUGGUGGCACCAGCCUACGGUAAUCCAGCAUUGUUGCGCGAGUUUGCCCAUAUCGCCGCGAUCGGAUGGACGGGAACCGAUGGCAAAAUAAUCUGGGGCUGCGGUGGAUCACUGAUAUGGGAGAACUUUAUUCUUACGGCAGCGCACUGUGCAGCGAACGAUGAAGAUAUAGCACCGGAUGUGGCUCGUAUGGGUGACCUUAACAUCUACAGCGAUGAGGACGAUGAGUUUCCGCAGCAGUUACGUAUAGUGAAGAUCAUCCGCCACCAACAGCAUCGGUACAGUGCCAAGUACUACGAUGUGGCGUUAAUGCAGCUCGAAAGGAAUAUCACUGUGCAUGAAACGGUAGCACCGGCUUGCCUUUGGCUAGACGAUGAGGUACGCUUCCCGAAGCUAUAUGCCGCCGGAUGGGGUAAAACAGGUUUUGGUGAGGACAAAACGAAUAUUCUGCUAAAGGUCGACCUAACCCCUAUGAACAACACUGAGUGCUCGCGUUUUUACACCUCCUCCGAGCGUGGAUUGCGCAAUGGACUUCACGCGCAUCAUCUUUGUGCAGGUGAUGAAAAAAUGGAUACGUGUCCGGGAGACUCUGGUGGCCCGUUGCAUGUGAAAUUGCUGCACAACGCCAAAAUGACACCAUUUCUGGUCGGUGUCACUUCGUUCGGUAAACCGUGCGGACAAGCGAAUCCUGGUGUGUAUGCGCGCGUAUCUAGCUUCGUAGAGUGGAUAAUUGAAACACUCCAGAAGGAAGGAGAAUCGGCGACGGUACAAAAGUUUCAACCAUGGUCCUGCGCUCUGCGCUACGUACAUGUGCGCGAGUACGAGGAUGAUGUAGUGGUUUCGAGAUCUAAUAAUUACGAAUCGUAUAAUUCGGAUAAUGCUCACUUGGUAAGUGGCGACAGUAGACAACGUGUUGAAAUCAUGUGGGCUAAUUCCAUAGUUCCUCGUCGGGAAAACUGUUCCGGUACACUCAUUGAGCGUGAUGCCGUUGCCACAUUGGCGGAAUGUGCUUCCCAUAUGGGUGCCAGCCCUAUGAGAGUUAAGCUGAGUAAUGGAAAUUUCAUCAAUGUUAGUGAAAUCAUCGUCCAUCCAAAGUAUAAACCAGCGAGUGGGCGAUACUACAAUAAUAUUGCAAUUUUGAAACUCCCGUAUGCCGUACCGAUUAUUCCCGCAUGUGUGUGGUAUAAUGAUUCCAUUCCAGAUUCCCAGUUUGAAGUUAUUGGGAAAGGUCGUGCCGAUAUGACACCCUACAAUCGUGAUGAACAAAUAACAAUGAUCGAUCCUCGCACCAUUGCAAUCUCACCUCGUGCAACACUGCAGUCCAACAACGAAUGCCGACUGGCCGAACAGUAUCGUACACAACUCGGAAUGGGUCUCCAAACGGAACAUAUCUGCUUCCAGAACAAACCAUUCUUGGUCCCAACGACUUGCGGUCAACAGUUUGGCGGUCCUAUUGAGCGGGAAAUGUGGCGAUUUUCCCGAUACUUCAACUACGCAUAUGGAAUGAACCUGUUUGGGCGUGAUUGUGGUUUCGGAGAACCGGCCGUAGCUGUACGGUUUAACGCCCAUAGGGAAUGGAUCGAGUCCGUAAUACUACCAGAAAUAGCCAACAAAAGACAGAGCAGUGGUACUGGAUCAAGAGAUUCGGUGAUCUUUAUCAAUCCAGAUCUAGAAUUGAACGAUCGAUGUACUUACGGAGGCGGUAUUGAAGGUGUUUGUGUUUUACACAAUACCUGUCCCAGCAUACGGCAACGAAUGGAAAACAGUGAUUCAGUUAUUUUAUGCUCUAAUGGUUCGGUAGUUUGCUGUCCAAAUCACGAUGUAAGAACCUCACCGAGCGCAAUCGAGAUGGAGUUCAAUGAGUGCGAGCAACGUUACGCUCAUCUACGAAAGCAACGUCAGCAGCGUUGGGAUGGAUUUCAACCAUUAAAAACGAGGCUACCACAUGUUGCUGAGAUAGGAUGGGACGACGGAUCGCAAAUACAGUUUCAAUGUGUCGGAUAUCUGAUUAGUACACGUGCAGUUGUGGCAGCCGCUUCCUGUUUGGCAUCAAAAGAAUACCUUCCAGACGUUGUGCGCUUAGGUGGGCUCCAGUCUGGACAAUUUGCUACAGAUAUAGCAAUUAUACCCGUCGAAAUGACAGCGUAUCAUCCGGAAUUUGAUGUGAAAUCGUACGAAAACAAUAUUGCACUGUUGAAACUUGUAUCACCGGUGCAACCUACUGUUACUACGUUCCCGGGAUGUUUAUGGCAGAACAAAACUCAUAAUCCAGUUGAGUCGCAAAUUUUUAGCGGAAAUGGUUUCCAGCCGAUACAUCCGAUGUACUUGAGAGAUUGUAAUGCGCGUUUUGCCCAACCAUUCACAAAUCCAAACAGAACAUGUAUGGUUCCGGGAGUAUAUGGAGAUGAACAGAGUUGUUAUCCAUCGGGUAGUCCGAUCAUUUACAGGAAAAGUGAAGAUAAAAAUCUUUUCACCGAGUAUAUUGUCAACAUAUACAGUCACGGACGGUGUAAUUCUUCUUCGCUGCGCAUUGUACACCGCAUAUCGAUGUACAUUGAUUGGUUUAAGGAGGUACUAAAAUAGAAAUAGAUUUCCUGCGAUAGGUGCAAGGAGAAAGUUUUACAGUUUUUUACUUUGUUUUUUAAUAGUGGUAGUUAGUUACAGUUAACAGUUAGUUAGUUAUUUAUAAAUAAAGUUUGAUUUUCCUUAUUCUCGAGAUAA